CUAAUUCUUGGAAUUUAUGACUGGAGCCAUCCUGCUCCCAAUCUCUUUCACUCUUUCUUCUACCUUCCUCUCGUUCCUUGCGCACAUCGCAGUCGUUUAUCUUUCUCUCUGUCGGUGGCGAUUGCCUUAGUCUUUAUCUGUUCUUUCUAUUUAUUAUCAUUAUUUUAGUAUCUCGGCGUCCGUCUUUAAAUUUCGAGACUUCCCCUGUGUACUAGGUUAGGGUUGAAACUUGGAAUGACGUGAAUGACCGUCCCAUGACGUUAUGUUCUGCUUUCUUGUAAAAACCGAAGAGGCGUACUCAGUCUCGUACUCGGUGCAUUAACGCAUGUGUCUCUCCACGGAAACUCGGUAAGCAUGCUUUUGGUGAUAACGGAGAGAAUAGUGAAGCAGAAGAAAGUUUAAAUGACGAAGGAUCAACCCUUAUACUGGUGGCUGCUAGACAAUCACAGCACCAUCAGACAAUCCCCCUGGCUCCAAUCCACUCUUGCUGAGCUAAAUGAAAAGACCAGGACAAUAUUAGAACUUAUAGAGGAGGAUGCAGAUUCCUUUGCCCAACGUGCAGAAAUGUAUUACAAGAAGCGACCCGAGCUUAUCCGUAUGGUUGAAGAUUUCUAUCGGACACAACGCUCGUUAGCUGAGCGCUAUGAUCAAGUCAAAUCUGACACUGGAAUUCGCCUGCUCACAACAGAGGUAUCCCCAUUUAGUCCGACCAAGUACCAGUCGGACAACAUAAUGGGUUUUAAAGAUAGAAGUUAUGACAGCUAUUCUGAGAAUUGUGAUGCUGAGGAAUCCGUGGAGUCUGAAAUUGAUGAUUCCGAGCUGAAAUUAACUACCAAGUUUGCUGAAGAAGAUGAAGUGAUGAAGUUGAAGGAAGAAAUUCAGAGUCUCAGGGAAGAGAACAGGGCUUACAAAGACCAACUCAACCAGAAAGAUGCCAUAAAUGAUGAAGUAAUAAUCUUGAAAGAACUAGUAGGAGGACUCAGAGAAGAGAAUAGGGCUUUUGAAGUUCAACUGAAGCUGAAAGAUGCCUUGGGUAGUGAAGUAAAGAUACUGAGGGAAGACAUAAAAAGAUGCAGAGAAGAGAACAGAGGACAGAGGGAUCAACUCAAGGAGAAAGAUGAAGAGAAAAUAAAGGUGAUAAGACAUCUGAGCUUAGCAAUAGAUUUGCUGAGGGAGGAGAAUGCAAAGAUGAGAAACUAUAUUGCUAAGGACUACAACAAGAAGUGGAGGAACCCAUUUGAGUUGAGCAAACUCAAGGGAGCCUUGUCAUGGAAGUUGUUUGAUGUUCGAAGGAACUCUAGUACUGUAGCUACAUAGUGUGGUUGACAAGUUGUUUAAAGUCUUGUAAACAAAUAGCCCAAUAAUUUCAUUCCUGGUCUGACAAUCCGGAGUGGCUUGUAAUAUAAAUCAACUGUAUUUCUUUCAUAUUUUCUAAUGCAACGUGCGCAAGAAGCAGAAUGACCCAAAAGGGUUUUUGAGCAACACCAAA